UUCAUUCAACUUGGGGCAGAUCGUAGGGUAUAUCUUCUAGAUUUUUUUCUUGUAGUUUAUCUUUAAAAUUUUUCUGAAAUGAAGCUUUUAGUUCUAGUUUGUGUUCUGUCAGUUGCUGUUGCUAAUGGCUUCGUUUUGAAGUUUGAACAAGACGAGACUCAAUGGCAAGCUUGGAAGAAUUUUCACGGUAAAAAGUACACAACAGAUUUAGAAGAAUCGUCAAGGAAGGCAAUCUGGAAAAAUAAUUUGAGAAAAAUCACCCAGCAUAAUUCCGAAGGACACAGCUACACUCUCGCUAUGAACCACCUUGGUGAUCUGACUCAAGAUGAAUUCAGAUACUUCUUUACAGGAAUGAAGUCUCAUUACAGCAACUACACUCAAAGAACUGGCUCUGCUUUCCUUGCUCCAAGUAAUAUUAAACUACCUGAUGAAGUAGAUUGGAGGAAAGAAGGAUAUGUCACUCCAGUCAAGAACCAGGGACAAUGUGGUUCGUGCUGGGCCUUUAGUACCACUGGUUCCCUUGAGGGACAACAUUUCAAGAAGACAGGCAAGCUUGUCUCUCUGAGUGAACAGAACCUUGUUGACUGUUCCACAUCUUAUGGUAACCAUGGAUGCCAGGGAGGUCUGAUGGACAAUGCUUUCCGAUACAUCAAAGCUAAUGGUGGUAUUGAUACUGAGGCCAGCUAUCCUUAUCAGGCAGAGAAUGAGAAGUGCCGAUACAAGAGCUCUGAUGUUGGUGCCAMUGAUACAGGCUUUGUAGAUAUUCCUGAGGGAGAUGAAAACAGCCUCAAAACUGCUGCAGGAACUGUGGGACCCAUCUCUGUCGCCAUUGAUGCUGGACAUAUGUCAUUCCAGUUCUAUCACACUGGUGUCUACAACAACCCGAGUUGCAGCAGCACUCGACUCGAUCAUGGUGUACUUGUUGCUGGCUACGGAACAUACCAAGGAAAAGAUUACUGGCUGGUCAAGAAUUCCUGGGGAGCCAGGUGGGGUAUGGAGGGUUACAUCAUGAUGUCCAGGAACAAGAACAACCAGUGUGGUAUCGCUACCAAAGCCAGUUACCCACUUGUCUAAAUUGAACAAGAAUACACACGCACACACACACACACACACAAGAACUAUAAUUUUCUAUUCAUCUGGUUUGAAGAAUCAUAUUUAUAUUCGUAUGUUAGCUGCACAUAAUUUGAAUAUUCRCAAAAAGAGGACAGUGAGCAGAUAUUGAAUUUUAUAGGAGCAGCUGGUCUGUGAUGACGAAUUGACUUCAAGACUGAACUGUCAUUGCUUGUUAGAUUGUUUUGAAAUCGUAACUUGAAUGACCAUCAUUUUUAUAACAUUAUUUUAUUUUUAAUAUUUUGUUGAAAAGAUUGCUUGUAAUAAAGAUUUCAAGUUUGAAUUUG